CUGCAGCAACAAGUUGAUCGAAUGGCAAAUAAAGGCGUCGGCCCAGGAUAUGGAGGCAUUCCACAGGAAUUAUGGAUGGUAGCGCCCGCCAGUGUACGCGAGAGAGAACGACUGAUCUUCAAUACAAUACUGCGCACUGGGGUAGUUCCGGAAAUUCUUAACCACCGCCAAAUGGUCUUCCUUCCCAAGCACUCUCACGCCACGGGAGUGUGGGAGCUCCAGGGGCUCCCGCCGUGGAGGCCGAUUACCGUACAAAUCUCACUCGCGACUCGCCUAUUUACAGCAAUCAGCUGCUACUUGGAGACUCGUGUUCCAAACCACCCAAUGCAGCACGGGUUCCAAAGAGACAAGAAU